AGGAAAUUCUUCAGGCAUGGGCAGGGACUUGGCUGCAAUUCUGCAGUUGGAAAAUCUGACUGGGGCAGCUUCUGAACACAGGCUGGGCCUGCUCACCCUCUGCAGGCCGAGCGGCCGCCCCCUUCCAGCCUCUCCACACACGCCUGGAUCGUAGGGGAUUCUCUUCAGCCGCUUUGUGAAGCAGAGGAGAGAUGCCUCAGGAACAGUACACCCACCACCGGAGCACCAUGCCCAACUCCGAGGGGCCACAGGUAUACAAAGUGGGGAUUUAUGGCUGGCGGAAAAGAUGCCUGUAUUUCUUUGUACUACUCCUGAUGAUUUUAAUCCUGGUGAACUUGGCCAUGACCAUCUGGAUUCUCAAAGUCAUGAACUUCACAAUUGAUGGAAUGGGAAACUUGAGAAUCACAGAAAAAGGUCUAAAGCUAGAAGGAGACUCCGAAUUCUUACAACCUCUUUACGCCAAAGAAAUCCAGUCCCGACCAGGUAAUGCCCUGUACUUCAAAUCUGCCAGAAAUGUUACAGUGAACAUCCUCAACGAACAGACUAAAGUCCUAACUCAGCUGAUAACAGGGCCAAAAGCUGUAGAAGCUUAUGGCAAAAAGUUCGAGGUAAAGACAGUUUCUGGAAAAUUGCUCUUCUCUGCAGACAACAAUGAAGUGGUAGUAGGAGCUGAGAGAUUAAGAGUUUUAGGAGCAGAGGGCACAGUGUUCCCUAAAUCUAUAGAGACACCUAAUGUCAGGGCAGAUCCCUUCAAGGAACUAAGGUUGGAGUCCCCCACCCGGUCUCUGGUGAUGGAGGCCCCAAAAGGAGUAGAAAUAAAUGCAGAAGCUGGCAACAUGGAAGCCACCUGCAGAACAGAGCUGAGACUGGAGUCCAAAGACGGAGAGAUUAAGUUAGAUGCUGCGAAAAUCAAACUACCUAGACUGCCUCAUGGAUCCUACACGCCCACAGGAGCAAGGCAGAAGGUCUUCGAGAUCUGUGUCUGCGCCAAUGGGAGAUUAUUCCUGUCCCAGGCAGGAACCGGUUCCACUUGUCAGAUAAACACGAGUGUCUGCCUGUGAGAGACGAUGCAUAGUGGACGUUGUCGGCAGCAUCCAGGCCUUUUUCGGCUUUAGACCCUGGCUGCCAGCUAUUUUUACUAGAACACAGAAAGCCUAUCAAAGACCUUGUGUGCGUGUGUGUGUGUGUGUGUGUGUGUGUGUGUGUGUGUGUGUGUGAGUUUGCGCGUGUGGGUGAUAUAAAUAUAUAUAAAUAUAUAUAAAUAUAUAUAUAUAUAAUCCUCUGUAUAAAAUGAGGUUUCAGUACAAAAGGAACCAUGGGUGACCCUGUGAUAUCCACUGUCAUUGCCAUCCCAAUCCCACCACAUACAUGAUAAAAUCAAAACACUAAUUUGGGCCCAAUAUUCCCCAGACCUGCAGAAUCACACAGUGUUAUCGACACUUACUGAAUAUUCACCUACACGUGUGAGUAACAGCCUGUCUUUUCCUUUAGUGUCAUUACAAGGCAGUGAUGGCGGGAAUUUGCAAGUCACACCCAAGGGCUGAGACCCUUGUGGUAAUAGCAGACGCUUUAUUAGCUUUUGUGCAGCUGGCCAACUUCUCCCCCUUCAAGUUAGGGAUGGGGCAGUGCCAUAGAAGUCAGACAGGGGAACUCAACGUAGCUGUGCUACUUUUGCAUCCAAGGGUAUUCGGCUUUUGUGGUUGGAUGAAUUAGGAGGAUGGAUUUUAGCAAAGUUUGAAAGGCUCACCCAACUGCUGUGAGCUUAUUACUUCCUUCAAACUCACGUUAUUAUCCCACAGUCAAAACAGGAGCUGUAAAUCAGCACAAAAUGGGAAAACAGCUGCCCCUCAGUAGGCUACAAGCUCCGCAAUGGCCUGACAGACUAAGAAUAAAUGGGCAGUAGGUCUCUGUUUAAGGUGAAAAAAUGGCUCAAAAUCUGUUACCUCCUCACUCCUGUUGACUUUAUCCAACAGACUCCUACCCAAAAUGAUCACGUCAAUCCAAAUCUUUUAAGAGUGGAACCCCUACCCCCAAGAGAAGCUAUUUGGAGAUGGAAAUCAAAGAGUGGCAAAGGAAACCAAAUUAUUUUUAAAUAUGUUUCUGGGGACUGGUAGGUAAUUUAGAGGCAUGCGUUUUAUUUUUAAAGGUAUGCACAAACUCUCUGCCUUCAAUCUUCUUAUAUAUUUUUUCAGUAUUGGGAUAUUCAUUUUCCUAAGUUGACCAUUGUUUUCUCUAAGAACAGUGACCCAAGAAUCACAGAUCUAAAGUACCACAUGCCCCCAGAAAUGCUCGCUGAAAAUUAAUAUAGACUAAGUGUCUUUAUUAGAAUCACUGUGUCGCCGGGGGCCCAGCAGUACCCACUCCCCCGUAUGCGGAAGCAGCUCCCUCAUUCCCGCCAUCAGCUACCUCCCAUUACCCCACUUUCAUCAUCGUGCUCCAGGGUCACCCUGGCCAGCUCUUGUGCUGGGACAGGGGAUUACACCAUCUCUGUUCAAAGAGGGGGAUACGUGCCUAUGCCUUACAACAAUGCACUCAGCAAGGAGAAGCACAUCCUAUAUUUAUCUUGUGUUACCUGUAGUUUAUUUUGAGUGAUUGGAGGGGAAGGGUUUCACAAUGACUGGGCAUCUUAAAAGCUGGUAGGCAAACCAAGUGGCUGACAGAUGUGGCCUCCGAGGAGCCUGGAAGGGAGACGUUGACUGCUUUCGACCACCCUGGAUGCCACUUGGCAAGCAGUAGCCCCACAGUCCUAAACGGAGUCAUAUUUGUAGGCCUGAAUGGCAUUUGUUUGUUGUUGUUUUCUUUCCUCAACAGGGUUCUGCUUUUUCUUACUUCACAAGCAGAGGGGAGAUGUGCCAUAGGAAAUGAAUAAGAGGUUUGGUAUUUUUGAGAUGACACUCAAGCAUCAGGCUGAGUUUUGCACAUGUGGAAGGUAAAAGCAAGCUGUGUGUUGCUCAGUCACUUAGAAGCGGGGUGAGGAGGGAUGGUUCUAGCCUGACCAGUGGCCCUGCUGGCUCCCGGACCCCAGGCUCCCUCCAGUCACUCCUGCUUCAUAUCCGUACAGAAGAAUUGGGCUGCUCAAGGGGGAGACCGUAAGAUUGCUUAGUGUGCAGCACUAGGGCCCAAAAAGGAAAACCAUAAAGAGAUAUCCAGUUGCUCUGGCUCAGUAUUAUUUAUAUCCUGUAGGAUCACAGAGCCAGAAUCUGCAUGUACCACACCCAGAGUUUUUCCAAGCCAGGAAAAGCCCUCCUUGGCGACUGGGAUCAUCUACCCCGUAUCUUUCGGAUCAACAGUAGUUACCUAUAAGGUCCUUUGUGGCUAAAUACCUGAAGACAAAGGUUUUAGUUUGUUUGUUUUGUUUGUUUGCUUUUUAAGCA